GAAGAUUCUCAUUCCAAAGAAAGAAAAAAGACAUUGACCAUGGCGUCGUCGUCGUCCUCUGCAGCAGAAGGCUCUACCAGUAGUAGUAAUAAUGACACAUUCGAUCCAUCACUAGUGGCACAAGCAGAAGCGUACAUUCAUGCCGAAGUGCACUUGUUUUCCGGUUGUCGCGACGAACAAACGUCAGCUGACAUUUCCAAUGUGGAGCUCUUUGGACUUCCCGAUCCCCAAGGGCGAGCCGGUGGCGCUUGUACUUCGGCCAUGCUCAAAGCACUCUAUGCUACUACAUCCACAAGUGAAAGUAGUAUGUCUUAUGGCAACGUCUUGUCGCACAUGAGAUCCAUUCUCAGUGAAGGACAGUACACACAGAUUCCACAACUCACGUCCAGUCGACCCGUCGAUAUGCAUGCGCCAUUUCAUAUUGUUCCAACGAAAUGUCAAGAUGGUGUCAAACGAGCUGUUUUGAUUGGGAUCAACUAUACAGGUACCAGAGGAGAGUUGUCAGGUUGUCACAAUGAUGUAAAGAAUGUCAAAAAGUACCUGCAGACGGUUCACGACUUUCAAGAGGAAAACAUUACAAUGCUAUUGGAUGAUGGAGAUCAUACGCCGCCCACAAAGGCAAAUAUACUAAAAGCAUAUGAUACGCUAGUCAAGCAAUGUCAGGAAGGAGAUGCCGUCUUUUGUCAUUAUGCUGGACACGGGGGAAGUGUUCCAGACACGAGCGGUGAUGAGGAAGAUGGAUACGAUGAAACCAUGAUACCAAUAGACUACAAGACUGCCGGGCAUGUCGUCGAUGAUGAACUCUUUAAAGUUUUGAUUUGUCCCAUGCCAAAGGGAGUGGUCCUAAAUUGUUUGGUCGAUUGCUGUCAUUCGGGAACCAUACUGGAUCUACCCUUUACGUUUAUUGGGGAUGGGACACAACAACAAAUGACAUUCGACAAGCGCUUUCAGUUUCCGCAUGCCAAACUUGUACAAAACUUUCAUGACGGAGUUGUCGACUGGCAUUGGACUGUCUACGUGGCAUCCGUCAUCACCGCCAUUAUGGCCAUUGCCGUUCCCAUUGUCUUGCUUCUAUUGCCGAUAUCGACCACAACAAUCAGUGCACCAGAGUCAGUGGUAGUUGUUCCGCCGCAAGAACCAACCGGACCGCUAACCAUGGUACGCAAUCUAGUUCGAAGCUUGAGGCGGAAAUGAAAGAAAGAUCAGAGUUUCUUGGCCUGGUCGAGUGUGCGGUACCAGCUACGGUAGACGCUGUGGCGCACUUGGGGCUAUGAUUGCAAUUGACGACUUGUUAUUAUUAUUCUACAGCUAGUUUCAACGAAGCCUGCAAACUAUCAUGUCAGGCCAGCCGGGUCGACGUGUGUAGUCGUGACUUCACAAUUUGGCAGCCAAAGGGACACAAAAGUGUAUCGUGAUGCUCAAAACCAAGCUCUUCCAUCCAAUGGCAGAUCUUGACUUGCUGGCUGUAGCUAAUGAAUAGGGCAGACGCAGGAGGCUAUGUACUCGAUCUUGGUUGAUUCUGGUCGUCCGGAGCUUCGGGCAAGCUCAAACCAUGCCCAUCAAUGGUUUCUUCCAUCCCAGUGCAUCGAUUACAAUGAGACUCUUUUGCGAAGGAUCCCUCCUCCCUCGCUUUGCCUCCCAUCCACGGCAAUCGGUUAAAGGAUCUGGGUGUGGUUUCACUGGCCUGAGGUGAUCCGCAGCUGAUUGGCAGAUCAAAAAUACUAGUUUAGUAAGUUCUAAAUCGAUGUAAGAAUUCAUUCACGAAAAGGAGCAUGCCUUUACAGGGCACCAAGGUUCAGC